UUAGAAAAGAUUACAGAAAGUCAAAUAUACAUAUGCAUAACCGACGUAGAUUCGCUCCAGCCCAACAAAAUCCAGUUUACGUCAUCGAACUUGAAUCCAAACAAAUUGCAUACGUUCGCAAAUUCGAGUUUUCACUGUUUCAUUCAUCUAAGCGCGAAACAUUGGAAUUAAAACACAAUUUCGGCCAUCGGAUUGCGGCAAAGAGAGUCAUUUUCAGUAGUAGAUCUGAAUCAGAUUACGUUUUUGAUUGGUUGCGUUUGAAUUAGGCACGAAAAUGGUGCAAGACUCGGCGUCCGAGGCCGAAUCGGACGAUUGUGAUAUCGUGCCCGAAUUCGUCGAGGUGGAUCCCUCCGGUCGCUACGGUCGGUAUAAAGAAGUGCUAGGAAAGGGGGCUUUCAAAAAAGUAUAUAGGGCAUUUGAUGAGUUGGAAGGCAUAGAGGUGGCUUGGAAUCAGGUGAAACUUGCUGAUCUCUUGAGAAAUUCUGUUGAUUUAGAGAGGUUGUUUUCUGAAGUGCACCUGCUCAAAACUCUCAAGCAUAAGAACAUUAUCAAGUUUUACAGCUCGUGGGUCGAUACAAAGAACGAGCAUAUCAACUUCAUUACUGAGAUUUUCGUGUCUGGGACUCUAAGACAGUAUAGGAAGAAACACAAGCAUGUUGAUGUGAGGGCAUUGAAGAAAUGGUCUAGGCAAAUCUUAGAAGGGCUAUCAUAUCUGCAUCGCCAUGAUCCUCCGGUUAUUCAUCGCGACUUGAAAUGUGAUAAUAUAUUUGUCAAUGGGAAUCAAGGAGAGGUGAAAAUUGGUGAUCUUGGGCUAGCUGCUAUCCUACAGCAAGCUCGUUCAGCUCACAGUGUUAUAGGUAAGUUAGUUGAUGAUGGAUUCAAUUUGGCUUUAUGCUUAAAUUUUAUGGUUAAGGUGACAUGUGAUCCUGAGAUAGGUACUCCGGAAUUCAUGGCACCGGAGCUGUAUGAGGAAGAAUACAAUGAACUUGUAGAUGUAUACGCUUUCGGUAUGUGCUUGAUAGAGCUAGUCACCUUUGAGUAUCCGUAUGUGGAAUGCUCCAAUGCUGCUCAGAUAUACAAAAAAGUGACAGCGGGGAUCAAGCCUGCGUCAUUAAAGAAAGUGAAGGAUCCUGCUAUCCGGGAGUUCAUAGAAAAAUGCAUCGCAAAAGCUCCUGAGCGUUUGUCAGCCAAAGAAUUACUAAUGGAUCCAUUCUUAAGAUCUGAUGAGGAAAGUUCAAGUUCUUCACUGUGGACACAAUCUACCGAUGCAGGUGAUAAUGGAAGCUGGUUUGACAUUGGUGGAAACCAAGAUUCUGGAUUUGAGGGUAGUCGAGACUUCACACUGCAGGGUCACAGGAAAGACCAUAAUACGAUAUUUUUGAAGCUUCGAAUAGCAGAUGCAUCAGGUCAUAUACGGAACAUUCACUUUCCAUUUGAUGUCGAGGAGGAUACUUCCACUGCUGUUGCUAGUGAAAUGGUUGAAGAGCUGGAUUUGACAGAUCAAGACGUCUCAGUUAUUGCUGAUAUGAUCGAUUCAGAAUUCCAAUCCCUCGUUCCAGAUUGGACACCUAGAGGAACUGCAAACAGCGGCAGUUUUAAUGGUCAAACAAUGAUUGAAUUUGGUGUACUUGGAACACACGGAGACAUGUCUUCCAGUCCCUCGAUGCAUGAGAAUCAUCCCUCUGGCCCUCUUGUUUUGGAAAGACUCCCCUCGGGUAGAAAAUAUUGGUCUGAUUCGCCCAAAGCUUGUGGCGGAUGCUCACCACUAAAGGCAGGGCCGUCUAACUUGAUGUCAGCUGAUUCAACCGCCUCUGGAGACACCUGGUCUGAAGUGACACAAUCACCAUUCAGCCAUAAAGAUAAUAGCACCUCUCACGAUGUUUCACUUCUCAGUCACGUGGAGUAUGACUCUGAUCACGAAGAUGACAGCAAGCAGGAACCGGAUUCUGCACCUAGCGGGUGCGGGUUACAAUUUAAUGAAGGUCACCGGCUCCUUGGUCCACCUGAAAACAGGAAUACUCGCCAAUUGGAAGAAAAAGACAACUCGUCUCCACGUGGAAGUGACACGGGUGGCAUCAAAAGUGUUCUAAAAAAACUCGACUCUGUGCUGGACGAGCAGUACAAGGAGCUGAACGACCUGAAGCAGAUGCACAAAGAAGCCGUUUUGGAACUUCUGAAGGACGUGCCAAAGGAGGCUCGCCACAGGAUUACUAGAGUAUGCAACGCAAAGAUAUAUGGCACGAAUUGAACAAGAAGCUACACCUCUUCUGUGUUUGAAAGAAAAUUAGUUUUAGAUGUUUGCAGGAAAUUAUCAUGAAUCAUGACCAAUGUCGCCUGCAACUGUUUUGCAAAGAUGAGGUGAUGGAAGAAUAACGUGUAAUGUAUGUUGUAUUACUUUGCUAUAUAGGGAAGUCGUUUUCUUCUUCUUC